AUGGCUACCCCUAGUGUCCUAGCUUUUGACGCUGGGGGUCGCGCCAUUGACUUUGAGGUCUGGGUCGACGAGCUGCAGCUGUUCUUACAGUGCGACAGGGCAGACGGUCUUUCUCUCUUUGACCUCACCUCUGGCGCCUCCCUUGCCCCUGCUGCUGAUGCUGACCCCACUGUUCGCUCCCAGUGGGCCACACGCGAUGCUGCUGCACGUCUUGCUGUGCGUCGCCACCUGCCUACCGCUGAGCGCGCGCACUUUAGUCAGUACAAGAGUGCUCAGACCUUGGACCACUUCCUCUCAGUCUGUCCCACCACUCUCACUGUAGACCUCCUCGAGAAGUCCCUCCUAGCGGCAGAGAAGAGCAUAGUCGCUGUAGGGGCCUCUCGUGGUGACCCUCGCACCCCCAUCUUUGAGGGGUGUUCUCCUUCCCCCCUGUUGCCCUCUGUCGCCUCUGCCGCUGCGGCCGACCUCAUUGGUCUUGAGUCGGUCGGUGCGGCGUCCGCCCCUAGCGGGAGACGCCGCCCUGGCAAGGGCAAGGGGGGCAAGGGCGCGGGUGGAGCUAGCGGGGGCGGUGGAGGUGGAGGUGGAGGUGGCGGAGGGAGUGGGGGUGGCGGUGGAGGUGGUGGAGGGGGUGGAGGUGCUAGUGGCGGCAGUGGAGGCGGAGGCGGCGGUGGCAGCGGCGUUACUGGCGGGGGCGGCGGUGGUGGUGGAGGUGGAGGCGGCGGAGGUGGAGGUGGUGGAGGUGGUCGGAGUGGCGCUUCGCAGCGGAGCAGCACUGGGGGUGGUCAGUGCGAGCAGCAGCAGCAGCGUUCUCGCGACGUCCCCACCCCUCAGCAGCUCCGUGAGUGGUACACGCAGCGUCAGCGUGGUGGGGGUUUUGGUCCCUGCACCUACGUCCUUCGCACCAGCGACCGCGCGGGUGAGCAGUGUGGGGGUGCCCACCCCGCCCAGCGCUGCUUUGGCCGCGUGACGGUUGCUUGGCGCCAGCAGUUCCCGGAGGCCACUGAGAUCCCCCGCUGGGGAGAGCUGUCUAGGGCUGGUGUAGCUAUCUUUGAUCUUGACUUUGAUGCUAUCCUUGCUGCCAUGUAUGCUGUGACUAUUAGUGAUGAGGGUGACUGUUACCGGUGUUUCCUGCCCGACCCGGGCAUUGGUACUGCUGCUCUAGGUGCCAGUGAGGCUACUGCUCUAGGUGCCAGUGCGUCUGUGCUCCCAGGUACUGGUGAGUCUGCGCUCUCAGGUACUAGUGAGUCUGCGCUCUCAGGUACUACGUCGGCUUCGGCCUCUCACACCUUCACCCUUGACUCUGGGGCGUCUCGCUCCUUCUUUCGGGACCGCACCACACCCACGCCGCUUAGUCGGCCGGUUGCGGUGUCCCUGGCUGACCCCUCUGGGGGUCCUGUCCUGUCUCGCUUCUCCACAGUCCUCCCGUGUCCGGCGGCUCCCUCUGGCACCCUGUCUGGUCUCUACCUCCCCUCGUUCUCUACAAACUUGGUGAGUGGUGCUGACCUACAGGAUGCAGGUGUCCACCAGUUCACUCCUGCUCGUCAGCGGGUGACGCACUGCACAGAGGCUAGCACAGGUCGCCACCUGGCUACGUUUACACGUCAGCCAGGGUCGAGCCUGUACAAUCUGACCACUGCUUCUCCUCCAGUUGCUGAGUCUGGUAGGGUCCCUGCGUCUGGUCAGGUGUUUGCUGCAGCGUCCAGGUCUGGUCCUGAGUUUGCCCCCUGUUCGUGUCGUCGCCUGUCUCACGAGACUCUCCUCUGGCACCACCGCCUUGGUCACCCCUCUCUGCUUCGGCUCAGAGGCAUGGCCUCCCGUCUUCUUGUGUCUGGUCUCCCCCGGUCCCUCCCUCCCCUUCCUCAGGGCCCUGGCCCUGCCUGUGUCCCCUGUGUCGAGGGGCGCCAGCGUGCUGUCCCUCACUCCUCCCAGUUUCCUCCGACAGAGGCCCGGUUGCAGACGCUUCACAUGGACGUGUGGGGCCCUGCCCGCGUCCGUGGACUAGGUCACGAGCGCUACUUCCUGUUGGUGGUUGACGACUACUCGCGUUACACCACAGUCUUCCCCUUGCGCAGCAAGGGUGAUGUCACUGAGGUGCUGAUAGACUGGAUCCGCGCAGCUCGUCUCCAGCUCAGGCAGAGCUUUGGCUCGGACUUUCCUGUUCUGCGUCUGCACUCGGACUGA